AUGGCGGGAUGCGUAGAAGGCGGUGUCACAAGUGGUAAUGCACCCUGCAACGCAAGCUUCCGCGGAGGGGUUGGGUAUAGGGCCAGGGAUGUCGCCGGGCAGUUAAUGGACGAUGAUGGUUGGAGAAUAUGGACCGCGCAGAAUGCUAGGACUGCACUUCUGCUGCGAGGUUUUAAUGGUGGUCUCAAUGAGUCAGAAGCAAACGCAUUCUCCCGAGUCGCACAACGGGUCGCCCAGGGCAAAAAAAUCAGAGAUCGGAACUGCCUCGGAGGGACCCCACCAAGAGCUCCCUCCGUUCCACGGCCGCCAGACUGCGCAGUACGUCACAGGCGGCCACUAGAAUUGAAAAUGGGUCCCGCUCAAUUGGCUCGAGAGGCCAAACUGCAAAAGCGAUUUUAUUGCGGGAGGACAUCGCCAUUGACCGCCGCAUGA